AUGGGGGACCAUCGGCAACAGUUGGACUACUUGAUCAAGUGGUUGGCUACCUUCGAUCUUCAAGCGCCACAUAAUUCCGUGGAGGAGAUAAGCGACGGGGUCGCUCUAGCCGAAGCCUUGGCUAAAAUCGCCCCGGAAUGGUUUACGGCGGUAUGGAAGGCGAAGAUCAAGACUGACGUGGGCACCAACUGGCGCCUCAGAGUGAGCAACAUGAAGAAAAUCGUGGAGGCGGUGAUGGAGUACUACGUGGAGUGUCUGAACCAGCAGCUAGCCGGUUAUGUCAGGCCGGACGCGAUCAAGAUCGGCGAGCACUGCGACAGCGACGAGCUGCGCCGUCUGCUGCAGCUGAUUCUUGGCUGCGCCGUCAAUUGUAACCAGAAGCAGCUGCUCAUCACCAGGAUAAUGGGUAUGGAGGAAACGGUGCAGCAGGUGCUGAUGCAAAGUAUUCAGGAGGUGAACUUCGAGUCUCUGGUGCCGGAUGUGCCCGACAGUGCUCAACAGAGGCUCUACGCUGACUUCCAGGCGGCAGUGGACAUGAGGGAUCAGCUGGCGCAGAAGUGCCACGAGCUCGACCAACAGCUUUCUCUGUUGCAAGAAGAGAAGAUCGCAUUGAUCGCAGAGAAUAAGAAACUUCAGGAGCGGCUGGACGAGUUUGAAAAUCCGGAGGAAUCCUUCAAGUAUUCCGAGCGGAAGCAAGUGGAAGCGUUGAAGGACGAACUGUUCAAGAUGGAGACGUCCAGAGAUGAUUAUAGAUUGAAGGUGGAGCUGUUGGAAAAGGAAAAGCUGGAGCUGCAGUCGAGGAAUGAGAAUCUACAAAAGGCGGCUGACGAAAGGAACCACUUGAAGGACGAGGUGGAUGCCUUGAGAGAGAAUACAGACAAAGUGGAAAGAUAUGAAAUCAUGAUAGAAUCGUACAAGAAGAAGAUAGAGGACGCGAGCGACCUUAAGAGGCAGUUAAAGAUAUUGGAGGACAAUAAUAAAGAGAAUAUACAGUUCAAAUUUAAGUACGAGGAAGAAGUCAAGCUCACGUCGAAGCUGCGCAAUCAUCUGGAGUUAUGCAAGCAACAGCGCACAGAAGCUCAUCACAAGUUGGAUGAGAAAAGCAACAAGUGCGAUCGGUUGGAGUUUGACUGCAAGAAAAUGGAAGCGAAACUAGGUGCUGUAGAGAGGGAGAGAGAUCGGCUGAUUGUCGAAAGGGACACACUGAAAGAGAUGAAUGAAGAGUUGAAGUGCAUGCAGUUGCAAGCUGCCGAGAACAUGGCGAAGCCGAACACCGAUAGCACUGGCGUUUCCGGGUCGGAAAUGAUGCCAUUUGAGAUCAAGGAAAAGCUGUUUUGCCUACAGAUGGAGAACAAGAUGAUGAAGAUAAAAUUGAACGGCAAUGAGGACAAGCUGCCGAAUAUGCAAGCAUUACUUGAGGAUUCUGAGGAACGUUUCAACACAAAGCAAGAACAACUUCGUAAAGCAAAUCAGAGGAUAAUGGAAUUGGAGACUCAGUUGGAGGAAACCGUGAGUGCUCAAGUUAGCGGUGACAGCAAGAGUGGUGACAACGUAGGCCCGAAUCAGAAACUGUCGCAACUGCAGGACGAAUUGCGGAAAGUGCAAGCUGAUAAAGAACGACUGACGCUGCAGCUCGAGGAGCGCGAGAGUGCUUUGCAGGCUCAGAAACAGGAAGCCUUCGCUCUUCAGGAGAAACUCACGCGGAAGAAGUACGAGAACGCCGCGCUGGAGGAACGCCACAAGAAGUAUAUUGAAAAGGCCAAGAGUGUCAUAAAAAGCCUCGACCCGAAGCAGAAUAAUUCUUCGCCGAACGAGGUUGUUAUGUUGCGCAACCAGCUGAUGGAACAGCGCAAGAUGAUCGAGGACAUGGAACGUUCCAUGAAGGAGUCCAGGUUGCUACGAGAGAUGGAGGAGAAGCUGAUGGUGACUGCCUUUCAUAGACUGGGCGGGAAUUGCCACCGAGAGGUGAUGGAUCAGCGCCUCGCGGCGCUUAGUGCAGGACAGGGUCAAUCUUUUCUAGCUAGACAGAGACAACCUGUCUCGAGACGUUAUCCCCCUUAUAACUCGAAAUAAGCAGACGCGCAAAAGAAAGUUGAUUUAAGUAUUAUUAUUGUACAAAGUGGGUAAAUGGUCAUUUGAGAUGAUGCUUUCAACAGUGCGAUAAAUAUGAUGAUAUCACAUAUUUGAAUUUAUGAACUUGACGGUCACAAAUUUAUUCAGCUGCUCAUUUAUUCAGCGUCAUAUUAACGCGUACCGUAAUAUUAAGAUGCCACAUUUAUCUCUGUUACGAUUGUCUCAAUUGAUUGUAUUUCUUUCGAUGUGGAUACAAUUGAACGAUUUCUCUCUCUCUCUCUCUCUCUCUCUCCUCCCCCCCUCCUCCUCUCUUUCUAUCGAAGUAAAAAUAUUGACUUUUAAGAAAGAGUAGAGUUAAUAAUAUAACAAUUAUGUUUACAAACUGUCAACGAAUGAAAACUUUUUCUAAUUAUUUUUACAUUGUGUAUUCAACCAAUUUUUUUGUCUUCCUGUAAAA